UCGAGUCCCGCAGGCUGUAUCCCGACAGCUCCUGGCGAUGUCCAGUAUCUCCCGCUGGAGCCUCGGGAUCGCCCAGCCUGCACGCGGAGAUGGCCAAGGCUCUUUCCCAGAGGAAGAGGAAGGAGUUUCGGGACGUCCUGAGAGACAUCGCCGCCCUGCUGCCCCUCCCAGCGCCGGCCGGCAGCCGCUGCCUGUCUCAGAAGGAGAUUCUGCUCCACCUGCUGCGGUACCUGCAGCUGCUGAGGAGGCACAUCGACGACGCGCAGAGCAAGCUGCCGGAGACCUGCGUCCUCGAGAGAGGGUUCUGCAGCCAUGAAGAGGACCCCCCCCCGGAGCCUCUGGCGGAGCCCAGGACGCCCCCCCGCUGCCUGAAGGCCAAACGCAAGAGCGUCUGCGGCCGGCCCCGCAAGAGGCCGGCCCCCGACAGAGAGCUGUGUGAGGACGUGCCGGAGAAGAGGCGCAGGCUGUAUGGGGCGCAGAGUGACCUCAGAGACGGACACCCCAACACCCGAUUGGGGUCACUGGCCCUGUGGGAUGAGCGCCCGGAGUGGCCGGCGUUCCAGUCAGGGACAAUCCAGGCACAGGACAGGACAGCACAGGACAGCAGCAGCUCCCUGGACUCAGAGCUGAGCCUCAGUCUGCCUUCCUGGAGGACAGCUCCCUCUGCUGAGACCCCAGGAGGGCAAGAGCCGAGGACCCCUGGGGACAGCAGCUGGUGCUCCGCCUGCGGGGAGAGGACAGGCAGCGAGGAGGACGGCUCCUCUCUGUUCGAAGACGUGUGGAUCAGCUCGGAGCCGCCCAUGCGAACUGGAGACCCCAGCAGGGACUUGGUGCAGGACAGCGGCGAGGCGACGGGGGUCGGUGGCUGGCUGUCCUCCCAGAGCGAGGAGGAGGAGGAAGGCGCAGAUCUUACCUGGACCCCGUCCCAGAGAGGCCCGGCGCAGGGCGGCCGCGGAGGCCGGGGCCAGCACAGGCACAGGGGGGCGCCGGGCGAGCUGCGCCACCUGAAGAGGAAGUGCGUCAACGGCUUCAUCAUGUUCUGCCGCCUCAACAGGAAGUCCUACAUGCGAGCUCACCCCGGGACCCCCUCCACCGUGGCCACCAAGGAGCUGGCGCGUAUGUGGCACGGCAUGGCCAAGGCGGAGAGGCGCCUCUACUGCCGCAAGGCCCAGAAGUUCAGCUGCCAGCAGAACCGCAACGUGCGGAGCCAGUGGGGGGAGGAGGAGGAGGAGGAGGACAGGGAGGAGACCUAGACCCUGUCCGGCCCACUGGAGCCCUCCUGUGCCCCCACUCAGACACACGAGUGUGUGU